CGUUCAGCAGCCAAACCAGCAGCGCCACACACACGGGAGCGCGCAUGGACAGAGCGGGACGGAGGGACAGAGGGAGGGAGACGGCCACGGAGACAGAGAAUAGAUAAAACUGCAAGAAACGCGGUCAUGCAGCGGCUCAGGAAGGAACGGACAAAACAAAACACACGGGUGGGUGGUGAACGAUUAAAGGACACAACAACACAAUCCUCCAGAUCCAGCUCAGCGCUCCUUGGCUCCUUCUGGUCUCAGGAUCUCUGUGGAUGAACAUGGAUCAGAUUGUCCCUCAUGAUGUUUGGGUGAUGGUGCAUGAUGGUGGUGAAGAGCUCUGUCUAACCAAUCCUACUGCCAAACAACAACAUCAGUAUUUUUAACAGUACUGGAUUACAUGUUCACGGACAAUGAUUUUUUUUACAUGCAAAUACAUGGCACACACUCUGAAUGAAUCUCAAACUAUGUUUAACGUAUAGUUAAAAUUAGGCUACUGAAACUCUUCUGAGCUUCAGGUUAAGGAAAGGUCAUGGUUACAGGAGGAAAGGUAAAGGUGAAUUCCAGCUCAGUGACACAUGAACCUGUCUCUGUAUGGAAGCCAGACACAGUUACUGGCAUAGAGCUUUGGCACUGGACAUAAGAGACACUGAGCUGGUCUCCAUUUACACAUUUUUAUUUUUUUCACACUUCUAUUUAUAUAGGUCCUUCCAUAAUCGAAAUAAUCUGAAAGUUCUUUACAGAGGUUGUUACAGGUUAGAGUGUUUGAAAGCUAAACACAUCACUGCUUUAAAAUGAACAAUAAUCUUUCAUCACAGAGUUUCUUGACUUUAUGUGGCUGUGGUAAGGAGCCCCGUCACAGUGGAACCAAACAAUAUCAAAGAUAUUUUUGAAAACAGGAAUGUUCUUCAUAUUUUAUCAGGAAGUGUGAAGCUGAAGAGCUUCAUAGGCAAAUUGUUUCCAUGACCACUUUGCAUGAAGCUGAUUAAAGUGCAGAGGGAGGUCGACAUACAACUUAAUAAGUAAGAUCAGCAGCUGAAGAUCUACAGUCACAGAAACGUGGAACAUACCAGGAUGGAAAAAGUUCUUCUGAUCAUCGUAGCUGCAUCAGGACUGUGUGUUGUCUCAUCACACGCUCCUCGUGCAUACUAUUUUGUUUAUGAGCUAAAGAACAUGACUGAUGCGCGGAGCUACUGCAGAGAAAAUCACACAGACCUGGCCACUAUACACAACAUGGAAGACACGGAGGUCCUGCGCUCCAAGGUGGACAUGAACAAAAUAGUCAGCUCAGAUUAUCUCGCCUGGAUUGGUCUGUACGAUGAUGUGAACAGCUGGAGGUGGUCGCUGUCAGACACAAGUUUCUACCACGAGACAGAAGCUGAGUUCAGAUACUGGAACCCACGAGAACCAAACAAUAAAAACAGUGGAGAACACUGCGGACAGAUGUAUAACAAUGGCCGGUGGAACGACGAAAAAUGUGAUUUGCGCUGUCCAUCAAUCUGCGCCGAUGUCCAAGGGUCGAAUGUGACAUUUGUCUUCAUCAACAAUUCCAUGACAUGGACUGAAGCCCAGAGCUACUGCAGAGCAAACCACACAGACCUGGCCAGUGUGAGGAACCUUCUGGAAAACCAGAGGGUACAGGAGCUGCUAGGUUCCACAUAUUCAGCCUGGAUCGGCCUUUUCAGAGACUCCUGGAAGUGGUUGGAUGGAAGUAACUCCUCGUUUAGGUACUGGCAAACAGGGGAACCUAACAACAAUCAGGUAGAGCUUUGUGUUGCAGCCAGCUUUAGCUCUGGAAGAUGGCAGGACUGGAACUGUGAUGAGAAGAGAGCAUUUAUUUGCUAUGACCGGCCUGUUUUUAAGAAAGUGCUGAGAGUGAGGCUCAUGGGAAAAAACUCCUCCCUGAACCUGAAUGACCCCGCUGUGAUGGAAGACAUCUCCAGGCAGCUCAAACAGAAGCUGACGGACCGGGGAGUGAGCGGAGACUUCAAACUGAGCUGGAAGACGCAGCCGGAUGGACGCAGCUUCCACAAGGAAGUAGAGACAGAGACAAACAGUACGUCCAAGGGAGACUGUCCUAAAUGAGUGAAUUUUUCUUUUUCUUUGUCCUUUAAAAGAGUAACGUUCUUUUUUUUCUAUCGUUUCCUCGUUUGAAUUUAUUUUAAAUUAUGCAAAUACUUUUUUAUGAUGUGAUCUUUAUGAGAAAUGCAGGCUGAGAAUCUGCAUCUUCCAAUACAAUACAAUUUUAUUUUCACUUGUUUUUUUCACUUCACUUUAUUUUUUUGAUCCAUAUUUUUCCAUUUUUGUGGUUUCUUUCAUUUUUUUAACUUUUUAUAUUCGUUUCUAUCCUUUCUCAUGUGCUCAUACAUUCGGUAAGCAUUUCCUCAUUUCCUUCCAUAAAUGAAUUUUAAACAUAUGUUUUACAUUUUCUUUCAUCAAUGUAAAUUAAUAAAUAAACAUUCACAAAUGUUAAAUCCUGAUAAAUGUGUAAUAACCUGUAGUCAUCGUGCUCUUGUGUUUAUACCCACUGUCA